CUAUAAAGCCUCCCAGCAGGACAGCCAGAGCCAGUUGGGCUGAGCUGCCCUCGAGAGGACUCAGCUCCUUCUUUGGCUACUUGCCUUCCUGCUUGCUUCCAGACAUUUCUCGUUUGCUGACCACUUCUCCUCAACUUCCAUCUCUUCCAAAGAUGCUGCUGUGGCUCUGUGCAAUGGCUCUUUGCUUGGCCAGUGUGAUCCCCUACGCCGUGCCUGGAGCGCUGGCACUGCUGGGCUGCUGGUGGCUCUACUCCCACAGCAAAGAGCAGGCCAGAGCUGGUGCUGAAGCGGCAGCAGCUGCUGAGGAAGCGCAGCAGAGAGGAGGGACAGAGGAGGAAUCAUCGCCCCAAGGGGAAGCCUGUGUCCCUCAGGAGCUGCCUUUGUCAGCAGCAGAGGAAUGCCCAGGGACCGACCUUCAGGAUGUGUCAGCAGCAACAGCUGAGCCCAGCACUGCUGAGGGUGACACGGCAGGAGCAGAGACAGGAGGCUGUGCAGAGGAGAGCGGCGUCCCUGCUGCUGUUUCUGUCCCCGGGCAGAGCACAGUGUCCCAGCAGCGCUGCAGCCAGCCCCGCACAGGGCUCAGGCUCAGGCGCCGACGCAGAGCAGCGCCAGCAGCGCCGGCAGCGCCAGCAGCGCGUGUGGGAGCCGGGCAGGAGCUGAGCAGUGCCCAGAGCGCUCCCGGGGAAGCGGCCACAGGCGCUGAGGAAGCGCAGGAGGAACGAGGGCUAGAGGAGGAAUCCCGGCCCGAAGCAGCAGCCGCCGUCCCUGCUGGCUGUUGUGCCCUCCCGCUUCCUGAGAGCGCAGUGUCCCAGCACACGGCUGCCAGGAGGUUUGCUGGCGGCUGGAUGCCGGCGGGCAGCGAAGUGGAGCACGCGCCAGGUUUCAGUGCGACUCACAUGGACUUGGAGGACACAGACAGUCUCCAGGGGCAGACAGUGAGUCGCCAGAACCGGCGCCGAAAGAAAAAGUCCAAUGUCCUUGUGUGGGAAAUAGAGGUGCCCAAGGGAGAUUCAGAACCAGCCAACGAGGGUUUCAGCGUUUAG